CGUACGUGCGAAAAGAUGGAUAUAAAGAAUCGAUGUGGAAAGCGCAGAACAUGCCACAUGGCGAUGACGUUUGUUCCUUCUUCAACUUCUUCCACUUUCCGACCAACGUUGAUUCGCUGCGCCAGCGCCAAUGAGCGGCAGGCGCUGUUUAGCCGCAUUGCUCCUGUCUAUGAUAACCUGAAUGAUUUGCUGAGCCUUGGGCAACACCGGAUUUGGAAGAGAAUGGCAGUGUCCUGGACUGGAGCGAAAAUGGGAGACUGUGUGUUGGAUGUUUGCUGUGGAAGUGGGGACUUAUCCUUUCUCUUGUCCGACAAAGUUGGCUCUCAUGGCAAGGUGAUUGGUCUUGAUUUCUCGAAGGAUCAGCUAUCCUUUGCCUUAUCUCGGCAGCAAUCACUUUCAAAGAAUUGCUUCAUGAAUAUCGAGUGGGUUGAAGGUGAUGCUCUUGACUUGCCAUUUUCUGAUGGUUGGUUUGAUGCUAUCACUAUGGGCUAUGGUCUUCGAAAUGUGGUUGAUAAGCAAAAGGCCAUGCAGGAAAUUUUCCGCGUCCUAAAAACUGGCUCUACAGUAUCUAUCCUGGAUUUUAAUAAAAGCAAUGAGUUGCUAACUUCUGCAGUUACGGAAUGGAUGAUUGACAAUAUUGUUGUCCCUGUUGCCACUGGUUAUGGUCUUUCAGAGGAAUACAGAUACCUCAAAAGUUCAAUAAGAGAAUUUUUAACAGGGAAGGAGUUGGAGAAACUUGCCUUGGGAGUUGGAUUUUCUGCUGCUCGACAUUAUGAGAUUGGUGGAGGCCUCAUGGGGUGUUUGGUAGCUAAGCGUUAGAUGGGAUUUACGGAUUUAUCUUUUCUAUGAACAGGUUUCCCCCCCAUGUGGACUGUAUUCUGGUUUGUAAAAACAUAAAAUCUGUUGUUAAUCCAUGUUCAUUACUAUUAUUUAACAGUAGUUGAGCUAUUACCCAGCAUUUUGUUGUUAAUUUUAUUUGAUAAAUGUUGAAAUGCUCCAGUCAUGUUUUCAUUUUACUUCA